AUGGACUUGGCGCUGGACGUCGAAGGAGCGCAAGUGACGGCCGCGACGUCCUUCGACAGCAAGUUCCCGCCCUCCAACGUCCUCGACGGCGAGACGUCGACCAAGUGGAUGACGACGGGCAUGUACCCGCAAGAGAUCGUGAUCCAGCUCGCGACGGCCUCGGUCAUCUCGCGCAUCAAGACAUGGACGACAAACGCCAAGCACAUGGUCGUCGAGGUAUGUACGGGCCCGACGCCGACCAAGUGGGACAAGGUUGUCGACGCUCAGAUCAACGAGAACGACGGCAACCUCCAGAUCGAGACGCAGCCUGUCUCGAGGGAAGAUGCGUCGUUUGUCAAGUUCAAGAUCCUCUCGGGCUACAACGACUUUAUAGCGAUUCACCGCGUUAGCGUCGAAGGCAAGGGCCCGCGGAAAUAG